AUGCGACGACGACGUUUUGUCGCCGAACAGCGCUUCGUCAGUUGUACAAACGCGUUGAAGCGAUGCCUCAGGCAUGCCGCUUGCCGCAAACUAUGGCAUCUGUUCAUCGAGCAGUGUCCGGUAGAAAAUUUUCAAUGUCGCAUGAAAGACAGAAAAAGCUGUGGUGAUGCUUUCGAAGGAAUACGAUGGACGGAUCUGCCUAAUUGCGGCUGUCUUGACGAUCACCGACUUCAUGGUCCAGAAUGCCACUGGAUUGAGUUAAUGACAUCGCAUAACAGAUGCAUUGACGAAUUGAAACAAGCAGGUCUCAUCGAUAAUGGCAAUGGUGACUUAGCCGAUAUCAACUUGAACGAUUUGUGGAAUUUUUCUCACGGAGAGAACUUUUCAAUGGAAAACUUCGGGACGGUUAUUACCACCGUGCUUUCUGAAGAUAUUUCGUCAACGGCCAGCUCAAAGUCUGUGUCUACAAAUGAUUUGCCCUCAACUGCCGGAAAUACCAGAGACAAGCUAACUACAGGGCAUUCGACGGACAUAUCUUUCUCUACGACGUCGGAAGCGGUGAAAGUGACGUCAACCCCAUCUAAACCGAAGUCCAAGUCCGCUGUACAAUUGUCCACGAUGUCUGUACGUGUAUCAUCAGACAUUGUCCGCUGGGCGUCACCUACAACGGUACCACCUAAGGGUACCGCAUUCGACGUUCGUCUUACGGGACGGUUUCCGGUGACCGUUGUUCCGCGAUCAAAGCUUAUAGGCUCGGGCAGAGUAUAUCUGCCGCUGAGAAUGAACACUUUCCCGAAGCCGUUGUCGGAAACUGAAGUGAAGUCCAGCUCAGGGAUUGUUUAUAGAGUGGGCAGCACGUGUCAGGCAGCGUGGGAACAUUGUUCAAUGGACAAGGUAUGUUCGUGGCACUUGUCCGAAAUUCAGAUCAAUUGCAAUGACAACAUCGGCUGCAGUCACAAAUCUUGCUCGCCGUCGCUCAGACGUUUCACACAAUACGUCAACCAGACGUUACACGAGCACAUGUUGUUUUGCACGUGUACGACGAACGACGAACCUUGUUUGCGACUGCAGGGUAAAGUGAUUUGGCAAGUUUUCACUUCUUUACCGCAGGACAUGGGAGAAAAAGUAUUUUCGAAGCUGUCAUUGGGAUCAUUUGACGAAGCGAUGCAGCGCCAGUUAUGCCGCCUGUCGCAUAGCGUUAAUGAAUAUCAGAGGAACAGCGUUGGAAUACGACUGCUACUGUCCGUCUGGGGACGAAAACUGCCGAAAUAUGCAGGAAAACCUCUUCUUCCGAAACCCCUGUUUAGGUAAUG